GUCACUGCUAAAGCAGUAGGCUAUCCCCUGGCCUCUCUAGUAGUAUUAAACAAGUGUGGAGCUAUAAGCUGUGAAGUGUGCCUGUCAAACGAUUGACCUUUUUUAAACACUUAACUCCCAUCUACAUAUGAGUAAAAGGAUAACACUAAUCAAGCGCAUCCUGGAAUUGCACUGCAGAUCAAACUGUGGACGACUUUUCUCACAUUUUGUCACAUUCAAAUACUAAAGAAAGACCUAACUUGAUGGAAUAACGCGUUUUGCAUCGAAAAUAUGGCAAAGAUAUUGUUACCUCUGGUGCAUUUGUUAUUAUUUUUAAAUUACAGUAUCGGGAAAAUUUCAUCCGUGGAGCCAUCCGACAUGACGCAGCACGACAGCAAUAUCGAACAAGCUACGGAUCAGUCUUCCGCGCGCGAAACCGCAUCGCGGGACAUGGUCUCAAUCAAUAUGUUCAAACUCUAUGAAAAGUACAGUAAGGAACCUCACCGCCAUCGAGACGGAAAUACCGUGAGAAGUUUUAAAGCUAUUCCAGGAGUCUCCGCGAACAGCGUGUGGUUCCAUUUCAACCUGUCAACCAUCCAGGAGUCGGAGGUCAUCCUGUCCGCCACAUUCCACUUCCUGGACCAGCGUCCCCGCCACCGGCCCUGGAUCUGCCGGCGCUCCCGAAACGCUUCCUGUCGCAUCCAGCACCUCCAGCAGCUUCCCCCGUCCCAGCUCCUCUUCCGAGGAACGUCCCCGAACUCUGCCUUUGCCUCCCCGCUGGGCAACGUCACCCUGCCCCCUCCCAGGAGAGGGUCCUGGCAGACAAGGGAAGUCUCCGGUGUGGUCAAAGAGGCCCACGUCCUGGGAGAGCUCCUCAUCUCUGCAGAGUUUGACUUUGGGGUGAGGCCCCAGAGGAACCAGGAGCGCCUCUCUCCAGCCAGCCUACCAUACGUCCUGGUGUACGCCAACGACAUGUCCAUAUCUGAGCCCAACAGCGUGGCCAUGACCUUGCAGAGGUACGGGCCUUUCCCUUCAGGCGAGGAGCCCACCCGGUCCCCCAAUGCAUCUCCGCCAGCCUCCAGGCUGAAAAGAGAAGCAGUGUCCCCCCUGGACCAAAUACAGAACAAUGACCUGCCCGAAGUCCAGUUUCACACCCUGAAGAACCAUGAACUAUGGGAGAGCACUUAUUUUGUUCCCAAGAUUAAGCCCUCAAUGAAAGAUGGGCGAAAGCAAGGCCAGGACAGCAGUGACGGCUUGAAUAAGCCCCAGGUGCUGAGCUUUGACGAGAGGACCAUGAAAAAGGCUCGCAGGAGACAGUGGAGCGAGCCCAGGGUCUGCGCGCGACGCUACCUGAGAGUGGACUUUGCAGACAUCGGCUGGAGCGAGUGGGUGUUAGCCCCGAAAGCCUUCGAUGCCUACUACUGUGCGGGCACCUGCAGAUUUCCUAUUCCAAAGGUUAUCCGGCCCUCGAACCAUGCCACCAUCCAGAGCAUUGUGAGGGCGGUGGGAAUCGUUCCCGGCAUUCCGGAGCCCUGCUGUGUUCCGGACAGGAUGAGCUCUCUGAGUGUUCUCUUCCUGGACCCCAGCCGGAACAUGGUGCUGAAGGUUUACCCCAACAUGUCUGUGGAGACCUGUGGCUGCCGGUAGAACCACCCGGGAAAGAGCCUCAAUGCAUAAUGCAUAAAACAGAUUACAAUGAAUCGGACAGAGUGGAGCAGGAGAGACAUAAAAAGGAAAUACAUCUUUGGAUGAGACUACAAUGGAUGAACUCGCCAUGGAGGGAGAUGUGGAUUGUAGAUAAGGGUUUACGGGUGGUGGGAUGCAGAGAAACGCUAUGUCUGACCCUCAGAUGAGUGUGAUUCACACAGAAUUUAUCUUUGUCAUUCAGCAGCUCAACUGUAGGUGAAUUGGGGACUGUAUGACUAACUGUCAGUUCCAAGCCUUCAGCCAUCCAGAGCUGGCUCUUGAUCUAUACCCAGACUCCAGAGUAACUCAAAUACUGGACCCUAUUGCCAUAUACUGCACUUAGACUAUUGGACUCAAGUCUUCAUACGGCACCAGACUCAAAAGCUCAACCUCUGUAAAUAAUCUUGUAACUAAUACAACUAAAUGGGACUUUUUUGUAAAUAAUUGAUGGAAUCUUAAACUAUGCUUUGCCUGUCGUUUAUGUGGUGUUCACUAGUUGUUUGAAAUAAUCUGCUAAAAUAAAUGGUUAAUGCAUGAGAGAUUGUACUAUUUUAAUAAAUAAUUCCAUAUCGUUUUCUGACUGUAUGCAUACUGUGGUCAUCUUUUAGGUACUCACUGUGGAAUAUCAAAUGUAACGUUUGCAUUAGUUUGAAUUAGGGAUCCGCUGCCAUCCUUUUCAAAGGAAAGGGAGAUACGCAGCACAUUGCUGCCACCUGCUGUUUUGAAAUAGAAAAUAGUUACAAAAUUGCCAUUUGAAUAUGUGGACCUGAGAUUUAUUGUUUUGAUGUUAUUGAUGAAACAAUACACCACUAGUGCACAAUUAUUACAUCCAACAUUUUCAACAUCAUACUGUAUGUACAGUUGAUUCAUGUAAAACUACCACAAGGUGUUGAGAAUACUGUGCUAUGGAACUUCUAUUCCCCCAUUACAGUUUUUCCCAAUCGCUUUGGCACAUUUUCUGAAACCGUCUUCACAUUCUCUAAACUGUAAGUGCAAUUGUCACAACUGUUUUAUGGGACAUCACAACUCUAUUGCAUGUCUGCAAAAUGUAGUAACUCACCCAAAACGUUUAAUUCAUGCUUCAAAACCUAAUUACUGCGUCAGUGAAUUGGCCAAUGGCACCAAAAUGAGAAGAAAAUGUCAUCGUGUGAGCCGUACUGGUCAAAAUGUUUAGAUUUUUUCUCACCAUGACAGUCAACCCUGGAAAUGUUUGUUAUAAACACAUUUCAGUUUUGUUCUACUUUUUUUGUAGACACUGACUGCUUAAUAUAAAAUACAAUAAUGUCAGUUUUGUCUAGCUGAAUGCUAUUGUGUAUCACCCUGAGCUUUUUAGAUGCCGAUUUCAACAGUAGAUAAAAGUUUACUGGCAAAAGUCAAUACUGUACAAUACCGUAGUACACAGAAAAAGGAUAUGCACAUUUGUAUGUAUACAGUACAUUUAUUUUUGUAGCAAUGUGUUACAUGUAAACAGACAAUUCACAUUUGCAUGUCCAUUUUUACAUAUAAAUGUAAACCCACAACAACAAUGAAAAAACCUGCAGUAGUUCUGUAAAAAACAAUCAAUUGUACCUCCUCACAGUACGUCACACUACAAGUUCCCAUCUUCUUGGUGGACAUUCUGUCACUCUUGUUGGCCUGGCAGGUAAUUUUCCACUUUAGCAGACAUCACAAACGUUCCAUGUCAUAGAUAUUUAUGGAAUAUACAUGCAUGUCUGACAGAUUUUGAUAAUUCAAUGGAUCAUUUUGCAUGUGAUGGCUCACACGAUGAAAGAAUGAUUAGAAGCUGUGAAGAGUAUGACAGUUUCACUGAGAAUCGACUCGUCAGUUUUGAUCAGCCAUGUGCAUGUAGUAAUUGUGCAAAUUGUAGACAAUUGUACUUAUUCUUUUGCACACGUGCCAAAACACAUGCAAUUUGCUUAAUUGAAAAGGAAAUUCAAAUCUGGUGUGAACAAGAAACUAAUUGUUCAGAGAUUUGAUCUCGAACUCGUUCGAGAAUUGAGCCAAAGCGAUUGAGAAAAACUGUAAUUGAAUUGUGAAUAUGUUUUUUUAUCGUUUGUGCUUAAAUUGCCAAAAAUAUUGCCUAGAUUGACUGUAAACUUAAAUGGAAAUAAACUGAAUAGAACAUAAA